GCACACCUCUGAAUAUAUUAAAAGCCAUAAAAAAGGGUGGGGGGAAUCCAAAAGUGUAGCAGACCCAACCUUGAGAUUUGCUUGUUUGGGAAUGAAUUUUCCAAUAACUGGAAAGUUGUAAAAACUCACACUUCUCAGGGUUAGGUGUCAGAAAGAAAAGGAAGCAAUUUAUUCUUUAAUAAAGCAAUUGUUAAAUACUCUUUAGAACUACCACUGAUUGCAAUUUUGCAGUGUCUACUCAUAGUGUCUAUAUAGGUACCAUGAAAAAGAUGUACUUGUGAAACUGUUCUCAUGUUACUUCAGAAAAAUUUUGCUUCUAAGUGUGUAUUCUAUCUCUGAUUAAAUGUUCAUUGAAUUUAUUUAAUCAUUAAUCUCAACAGCAUUAAACAGUCAAUAACAUAAACGACAGUCUUCUCUUUGUACUCCUCCCUGUACAACAUCACAGAGCUCCAUCUGUAUACACGAAAGUCACAUGAAAAUAGAACUCAGUGUUUUGUAUUACAUAGUCUAUUCAGUACAUUUAGAAUUAUUUUGCCUCCAAUAUUCAACCACAGUAAAAGACUCAGUGAGAACGCGUGGUGGCGCUGCAGGUUAAGCUGACGGAAAAUACAACUGCCUACGCAGCUCCAGGAUCCAGCAAACCGUUUCCCAAAGCCUGGAAGCAAAAGAAUAGCUGAGCCAGAGCGAACGCGAUUGUGAAACCUCUUUAAGACACCAUUGGGCUGCUUGGUUCUGACAUUCUGGACUGCAAAAACGUGCUACUAGGAUCCUGGGGAUACAUGACGCUUCCGUGAACCAACUUUUCAAGAAAAAGCAAUGGAGAUUGGAUGGAUGCACAAUCGGAGACAAAGGCAAGUCCUUGUUUUCUUUGUUUUGCUGAGCUUGUCUGGGGCGGGCGCCGAGUUGGGGUCCUAUUCCGUAGUGGAAGAAACGGAGAGAGGCUCUUUUGUGGCAAAUCUAGGAAAAGACCUGGGGUUGGGGUUGACAGAGAUGUCCACCCGCAAGGCCAGGAUCAUUUCCCAGGGGAACAAACAGCAUUUGCAGCUCAAGGCUCAAACUGGGGAUUUGCUCAUAAAUGAGAAGCUAGAUCGAGAGGAGCUAUGCGGUCCCACUGAGCCUUGCAUACUACAUUUCCAAGUGUUAAUGGAAAACCCUUUAGAAAUAUUUCAGGCUGAACUGAGGGUGAUAGAUAUAAAUGACCAUUCUCCCAUGUUCACUGAAAAGGAAAUGCUUCUAAAAAUACCGGAAAACAGUCCUCUAGGAACUGAGUUCCCACUGUCUCAUGCUUUGGACUUGGACGUAGGAAGCAAUAAUGUUCAAAACUAUAAAAUCAGCCCAAGCUCUCAUUUCCGGGUUCUAAUCCAUGAAUUCAGAGAUGGCAGGAAAUAUCCUGAGCUAAUGUUGGAUAAAGAGCUGGAUCGGGAGGAGGAGCCUCAACUAAGAUUAACCCUGACAGCGCUGGAUGGUGGCUCUCCACCGCGAUCUGGAACUGCUCAGGUCCGUAUUGAAGUGGUGGACAUCAAUGAUAACGCUCCUGAGUUUGAGCAGCCCAUCUACAAAGUGCAGAUUCCAGAGAACAGCCCCCUUGGCUCCCUGGUUGCCACCGUCUCCGCCAGGGAUUUAGACGGCGGAGCCAAUGGAAAAAUAUCAUACACACUCUUUCAGCCUUCGGAGGAUAUUAGUAAAACUUUGGAGGUAAAUCCUAUGACAGGGGAAGUUCGACUGAGAAAACAAGUAGAUUUCGAAAUGGUUACGUCUUAUGAAGUGCGCAUCAAAGCCACAGAUGGGGGAGGUCUUUCAGGAAAGUGCACUCUUCUCCUGCAGGUGGUGGACGUGAAUGACAAUCCCCCACAGUUGACCAUGUCUGCACUCACCAGCCCCAUCCCAGAGAACUCGCCUGAGAUAGUAGUUGCUGUUUUCAGCGUUUCAGAUCCUGACUCCGGAAACAAUGGGAAGACGAUUUCCUCCAUCCAGGAAGACCUUCCCUUUCUUCUAAAACCUUCAGUCAAGAACUUUUACACCUUGGUAACGGAGAGAGCACUCGACAGAGAAGCAAGAGCUGAAUAUAAUAUCACCCUCACCGUCACAGAUAUGGGGACUCCAAGGCUGAAAACGGAGCACAACAUAACAGUGCAGAUAUCAGAUGUCAACGAUAACGCCCCCGCUUUCACCCAAACCUCCUACACCCUGUUCGUCCGCGAGAACAACAGCCCCGCCCUGCACAUCGGCAGUGUCAGCGCCACAGACACAGACUCGGGCACCAACGCCCAGGUCACCUACUCGCUGCUGCCGCCCCAGGACCCGCACCUGCCCCUCGCCUCCCUGGUCUCCAUCAACGCAGACAACGGCCACCUGUUCGCCCUCAGGUCCCUGGACUACGAGGCCCUGCAGGCUUUCGAGUUCCGCGUGGGCGCCACAGACCGCGGCUCCCCGGCUUUGAGCAGCGAGGCGGUGGUGCGCGUGCUGGUGCUGGACGCCAACGACAACUCGCCCUUCGUGCUGUACCCGCUGCAGAACGGCUCCGCGCCCUGCACCGAGCUGGUGCCCCGGGCGGCCGAGCCGGGCUAUCUGGUGACCAAGGUGGUGGCGGUGGACGGCGACUCGGGCCAGAACGCCUGGCUGUCGUACCAGCUGCUCAAGGCCACGGAGCCCGGGCUAUUCGGCGUGUGGGCGCACAAUGGCGAGGUGCGCACCGCCAGGCUGUUGAGCGAGCGCGACGCGGCCAAGCACAGGCUGGUGGUGCUGGUCAAGGACAAUGGCGAGCCUCCGCGCUCGGCCACCGCCACGCUGCACGUGCUCCUGGUGGACGGCUUCUCCCAGCCCUUCCUGCCGCUCCCAGAGGCCGCCCCAGCCCAGGCCCAGACAGACUUUCUCACCGUCUACCUGGUGGUGGCGUUGGCCUCGGUGUCGUCGCUCUUCCUCUUUUCGGUGCUCCUGUUCGUGGCGGUGCGGCUGUGCAGGAGGAGCAGGGCGGCCUCGGUGGGUCGCUGCUCGGUGCCUGAGGGCCCCUUUCCAGGAUAUCUGGUGGAUGUGAGCACCGGGACCCUGUCCCAGAGCUCCCAGUAUGAGGUGUGUCUGGCAGGAGAUUCCGGGACGAGUGAGUUCAAGUUUCUGAAGCCCAUAUUUCCCAAUAUUCAGGGCCAAUGCCCUGAGCCAGAAAUGGAAGAAAACUCCAACUUUAGAAAUGAUUUUGGUUUCAGCAUUCAACUGAAAUAAUCAGUUUUCAUAUUGUAUAUUUUAAUGUUUAUGAUAAAUUUAGAGUAUGGUGUUUCUGUUAACCUCCUAUAAAUUAUAAAUUAUACUAAGCUUUCCUGUGAGACUUCUCAUGUUGUCACUGUUUCAAACACGGUAUCUCAUCUUUUCUUAAUUAGUAUGCCAAUUUGAAUAGUUUUAAAGCUUGCCAAUCAAAACACUGAUGAGGUCAAUAGUUGUACAAAUACUAGUUCUGGAAUAUCUUAGGAUUGUAUAAGCGGGAAAAACAAUGAGAAAUUGCUUCUACAUAAUCAGUUAUAGUUCCCUGUUGAUUUGCUUCUUAGUUCUUAAUCCAUUAGGUGUAUACACAGCAGUAAUGCACUAAGGUUACAGUGAAGUCUAAUCAGGAAGGAAAGAGAGCUAGUACAGUAAGAAUGUCUGGCUCCUGCUUUAUUCUGCCUCAUAGUACUUAUCUUCUUUGAUGCUGUUUGAUGAACAUUUCUCUUAAAAUGUUGUAUAAUUUUCUUCCUUUAAUUAAUAUAUCAGUAUUUGUUUUAAUAUAAUUAUUUUAAAUUGCUUUCCACUUUUGUGGUGUCAAAUAGGAAGAAACCUUCCCCGUAUUUAUUUAGUGAGAUGAAGUACCACGGUAAUGAAAUUAGUUUUUCCCCUUGGAGAAGUAUUGACCCUCUGUGAUGGAAUUUGCAGUGGCCACCCAUAUCCAUUUAUCUUUUCCUUUUUAGUAACAGAUCUCAGAUUUCAUUUAGGGCAUUAGUUUGCUUAGUCAAAACAAUACACUUUCCCAGCCUUCUUGUUUGGGAAACCGAACAUAUGACUGGGUUGUAGUCCAAGAUAUGUGUACAAGUGUUAUACUGACUUCCAAGAAGACCGUUUAAAGGGAGAUGAUUCAUCUAGGAAGGGGGCCCCCUUUUUCCUUCUGUAAGUGCUCCUUGUUGCCUGGAAUCUGUAUGUCAUGGCUAGUACAACAGCCAUGUUUGACCCUAAUGAUUGAAACAUUAAGGACUGUGACAGAUAGUAUAAAAUACACUUAAAAGAUAUGAGUCCCGUGACCAUGGAGUCAUCAUGUCAUCUCUGCAGUACCUACUUCUGAACUUUUUUUACUUAGAAACUAUAAUUUUUACUUAAAAUACUAUAUAUACAGUAAAAUGCACAGAUCUUAAACAUACAGUUCAAUCUGAUUUUUUAAGCUUUUAUUUGUUGAUUUCUAAUUUAGUUAAAAUUUAGUUCAAAGUGGUAUACAGGGUGCUUUACAUUUACUAUCUCUUAAAUGUUCUCCCAAACUGUAAUAGGAUUGGUAUGUUAUCUCCUUUUUUACAUAUGAAAACACUGAGGCUUACCAAUGUUAAGUAACUUGCUCAUAAUUCUCAAGCAAUAAAAGGAAAAAUAUUAAAUACAAUAUAAGUCUACCUAAAUCUAACGCCCUAGUUUUUAAUCAAUAUAUUAUAUUGGCAUUAAUUGGUAGCAUUGUUUUCCUAACUAAGAAAGUGAAAUGUAUCUAUUAUUUCUACUUCUAUUCCAUGAUCUAAACUCCCAUGUAAAAAUGCAACUUUUAGUUUAUAGUUCGUAUUUGUCUCUACACCAAUGUCCACACUGAUGUAGACCACUAAACCCAAAGCCCUUAUAGAAGCACUGACCAAAGUAAGUUGGAUCAGACAUCAUAAGUGAUCUUCAUUUUGAGUGAAUCAGUCUGAUUAUAUUCCCAUACCUUGUCAUCUUGUCAAUAUGUCACAUUCAUUGUUGCAGAAAUUAGUCUGAAUAGUCUGAAAGCCUGAAUAGGGAGUAGAGUUACUCUAUGGUUGCAUUGAAUUUAUUGUGCUCUUUCUUCAUUCUUUUUCUCCUAACCCAAAUAUAUAUUUGUGAUAUAUAUAAUAUAUAUUAUAUACAUAUAAACACAUGUUUCUUUUGAAGCAUUUAAAACUAGUUGUUAUUCUAGUUUUAAUUAUAAAUGAAAUAACUAAUUUCUGAACAAUAUAGGCAAUGUUGUGAAGGAAUUCCUAUCAAUAACUAAGAGAUUUGGGGAAUUUAGUAUAAAAAAAUCUGAGGGGCUCCAGUUGUUUUCUGUUAAAAUUAACCAUAUGCCUUUGACAACUCUUCCUAAAAAUUACACUGAAAAUAUAUGUGUAUGGGUCAUAAAUGACUUUUUUUCUGAAAAAAAGACUAAUUAGAGCUGAAUCAGACAUUCUCCAGCAUUGCUAUGAUAAUGCUAUUCUCAUAGAAAUCAUAAAUUUUUGUUGACUUAGCUGCUGAGUGCAUGAGAAUCCAUAUUUAAGUAUUCCUCUUGCUGCUGUAAAAAAUUGCCACAAACUUUAUUACUUAAAACAAUAAAAAUGUAUUGUCUUACAAUUCUGUA